UUUGUUUCUUAUGCGAUGUUGUCGAGGUGACACCAAUUUACUUAUUAAAUAACUCCAGCUCCAUUUAUUUGUCAUAUACCUGAAAUUAGGUGUGUGUGUGUGUGAGAGAGAGAGAGAGAGAGUUGUAGCCACCAUGAAUGCAAAACAAGGUGAGUUGAGAGUGUUGAUGUUCCCAUGGUUGGCUCAUGGCCAUGUUUUUCCCUUUCUUGAACUAGCCAAAGGCCUAACCAAGAAACACUUCCAUGUCUACUUGUGCUCCACAUCCAUCAACCUCGACUCCGUCAAAAACAGUCUCAACAACAAUGAUAUCCCGAUCGAGCUAGUCGAACUUCCUCUCCCAUCCCUCCCCGAUCUCCCUCCACACUACCACACCACCAAGAACAUCCCACCCCACCUCAUGCCCACCCUCAUGAAGGCCUUCCAGAUGUCAGCCCUGGCCUUUUCCGACAUCAUCGCCGACCUCAAACCUGACUUGCUCAUCUAUGACGGCUUCCAGCCCUGGGCAGCCAGGGCCGCGGCGGCCCAGGGCAUCCCGCCCAUCUUCUUCUCCACUUCCGGCUCGACCUCGCUCGCCUUCUUCCACCACCACCACACUCAUAAGAGCUGGGACACCUUCCCUUCCGACACCAUACGGUUGAAAGAGCACGAGAAGAGGGCCAUGAUCGCCGCAGGCGAAUCCAUCAAAGUCAAGAAUGUUGAUGAUGGAGACUUCAUCUUCGGCAUCUUCAAACUCUCUUGUGAGAUAGUCUUGAUCAAGAGCUACAGAGCGUUGGAGGGGAAGUACAUGGACUAUCUCUCUAGUUUAUGCGAGAGAAAGCUCAUCCCAACUGGUCCCUUGAUCGCGCAUGGCGACGAUGAAGGUGUCGAUGAUCGAGACCUCGAGAUGAUGAGAUGGCUCGGUGAGAGAGAGGAAGGCUCAACUCUCUACAUCUCAUUUGGGAGUGAGAAUUAUGUGUCAAAGGAGCAAAUGGAGGAGAUAGCAAAAGGGUUGGAGGUAAGUGGUGUCAACUUCAUAUGGGUUGCUAGGUCUCCGGCGGGGGGUGACGGUGGCGCCUCCGUGCCGGAGGGGAGGAGGGAGAAGGGGGUGGUGGUGAGGGGGUGGGCGCCACAGGCGGCCAUCUUGAGGCAUCGGAGUGUGGGAGGGUUCAUGACACAUUGCGGGUGGAGCUCGGUGACGGAGAGCGUGUACUACGGUGUUCCGGUGGUGGCGGUGCCGUUCAAGGCGGAUCAGCCGGUGAAUGCGAGGCUGGCGGUGGAGGCUGGCAUCGGGGUAGAGGUGGAGAGGGGUGAGGACGGGGGGUUUGAUGGGGAUGGGGUGGCUAGGGCUAUUAAUGAGGUGUUUGUGGAGGGGAGGGAAGGGUUUAGGAGGAGAGUUGGGGAGUUGAGGGAGAAGAUGAAGGUGGAGGAGGAGGAAGCCAUGGAUGAAGUGGUGAAGGAGCUUUCCAGAAUAAUUAAUAAGGGAAGGCAACAGUAUACAAAGGACUAAUACUAGUAAAUCUCAUUUGUAACGUAAAACAACAGUAUACAAAGAAUAUUUGCCCUUCUUUAGUGGUUUGAGAUAGAAACUGGCCACCAACGCCUCUUUAAAUCCUAGUACUAUAUUGCUUAGCUUUUACAGUAUAAUGUUAAUUCUAUUUCAGCAACAGUUAUUAAUGAAUUAAAUUCCUAUCAUAA